AUGUCGAGAUUGAAUUAUGGAAGUGCAAAAAUUGUUCAAGUUGCGAAAGAGAAAGAUUUCAUUCAAGCUGGGCCAAUUUAUAAAUCAGGAAAUAAAACUGUUCAUCAUGGCAUUUGUUUUGGUGAUAGUGGAGCGGGAUUGCAGGGAUUUCGUAAACAACGCGUUUUUCUCCUUGGUAUACAUUCAUUUGGUCCAAAAAUUUGUCAUGAUGGGUCACCCUUUACAUUGACCGAUAUCCGACCAUAUGCACAAUUGAUAUGUUAUUUAACAGGAAUAUGUUAUCAUUUAUCAUCCUUUAUCUGA